AUGACUCUUAUUAAAUCUAUUUCAAUGAUUGGUGGUGGUAAUUCAUUAGAGAGUGUCUCAAACUCUAUGAUAAAUGGAUCCAAUGGUAGAUCAUCGAUUGAUUCAGACAAUCAAGACCAAUGUUUUGGAUGGGGUAGAAGAAGAAGAACAACCAACAUUAUCUUUGGUGAUGUCAAUGUAUUCGGAGGUGGUUGCGGAUUCGGAUGUGGUUGUGGUUGUGGAUGUGGAUGUGGAUGUGGUGGUUUCGGAGGUUCUAUCUUAAGAAAGAAGAAGGUUGCUUUAAUAGAAGAGAUGUCGGAUGAACCAAUCAAUUCAAAGACGACUGCUAGGUCGCUACACAAGUCGUCGAGACAUCUCGAUAAGAAUACAUCGAAAGGCAAAUAUAAGAAACAAGAAGCUGCUGAAUAUAGAAAGAAGAAACAGUUAGAGAAUGAGCGUGAACAAGACCCAGAGUAUCAGGCACAACAGUUGGAAAAGGAGGAAUCAGAUGGUUCUAAUACAACAACCAGUUCUAGUGCUGGGGGUAGAUCGAAAUACAGUAAGCGAUUACUAGUUAAACAAUCAACACAAUCAAUAGAUGAUCUUAAUGAUCUCUAUGAUAAAUCGAAUAACUAUUUAGAUAUGCAAGAGUUAUUAGAUUCAACAUUUGACUUUAUACCAAAAAAUGAUGAUGAUGAUUCAUUAGAUGUAAAUAACAAUAAUACUAUCGAUAAGAAACAAAGACAAUUACAACAACAAAUUCAACAACAGAGUGAGAUCAACCUAACAGAGAUUGAAAGAUUGUUACUCUCUUUCUCAAUACCAGAACGAUUAAAUAUUGAUAGUAAAUAUUUUAAUGAUGUAAAUAUAGAUAAACCAUCGAAUCCAAUUGUAUCAUUAUCAAGGAAAUCGAAUAGACACUUAAAACAACAACAACAGCAAAACACUAAAAAUAACACAGACAAUGAAAAUGACAACGAAAUUAAUAAUAAUAAUAAUAAUGAUGAUGUUACUAUCUCCAUUUUAAAGUCUACAAAACCAUUAUCAUCGUCGGAACCUACAGUAGUAAAACAAGAGGGUAAAGAAGAUGAAGCAGAACAAGAACAAGACGAAACCAAUGGAGAUAAUGAGGAGAACGAAACAGAUCAAUCAAAUAAUGAAAAUGUAUUAAAAUCAAAUCAACAACAACAGCAACAAACCAAUCAAAAUCAAUCAUUAGAAGACUGGUUAGAUACUAUAAUAUAA